AUGCAAUGGGCCAAGGCUUGUAUCGGCUUUACUCGAGGUGCAACUCCCACCACUUGCUCUGGCAUUCCCGUCUCUGUUAAGCGAGGAACCACGCAGCAUAAAGUGAAACGUAGAGGCGUAUGUCACUACCACCGCAACCAUCUGACUGCACCAGUCCACCUCUUCACUGCCUCAUCUCAGACCCGCCGUUGCUAUCUUUUUCUCUCUCGGACAGGUGACGACCCGAAAUGCCUGAUCAAAGACCACAAACAUCAUCCAUCUGCACACGUUUCGGAACAUGCGUCAACACAGCUUUCAGACAUGGGCAUUGGGACGAUUUGGAACUCUUCCUUUUUCAAACGGCGUGCAGUAGCGCACAGUGUUACAAGAAACAAGCACUUUGGUUGCGUCGAAGAUAAGCGACACAUCGUGAAGCGGAUCAUGAGUCAGUCCAAUUCUGGUGGGUUGCACACGGGGAAAGGCGCGGCUCGGCGUCGCCUAUCGUUCACCAAGCGUCUCGAAAUUCAGCGAAGGAUUCAAGGAUCGUGA